UCAAAUCACCUCGAAACAUGGUGGCGUUGUCGUUAAAGAUUUGUGUCCGCCACUGCAAUGUAGUGAAGACGAUGCAGUUUGAACCGUCAACUGCAGUGUAUGAUGCCUGCCGAGUCAUUAGGGAGCGAGUACCCGAGGCACAAACUGGACAAGCUUCUGACUAUGGCUUAUUCCUAUCCGAUGAGGAUCCCAGGAAAGGUAUUUGGUUGGAAGCAGGCAGAACGCUGGACUACUACAUGCUGCGGAAUGGGGAUAUUUUGGAAUAUAAAAAGAAACAAAGACCUCAGAAAAUACGGAUGCUGGAUGGAUCGGUGAAGACAGUGAUGGUGGAUGAUUCUAAAACUGUUGGGGAAUUACUGGUCACAAUUUGUAGCAGGAUAGGCAUAACCAAUUAUGAAGAAUAUUCAUUAAUUCAAGAAAUAAUUGAAGAGAAGAAAGAGGAAGGAACAGGAACACUCAAAAAAGACCGAACGCUACUACGAGAUGAAAGAAAGAUGGAGAAGCUAAAAGCCAAACUUCACACUGAUGAUGAUUUAAAUUGGCUAGAUCAUAGUCGAACGUUCAGAGAACAGGGAGUGGAUGAAAAUGAAACAUUGCUGCUUAGACGGAAAUUCUUUUAUUCAGACCAGAAUGUAGAUUCAAGAGAUCCUGUGCAGCUGAAUUUGCUUUAUGUUCAGGCUCGAGAUGAUAUCCUGAAUGGCUCCCAUCCAGUCUCCUUUGAAAAAGCGUGUGAAUUUGGUGGAUUUCAAGCCCAGAUACAGUUUGGACCUCAUGUAGAACAUAAACAUAAACCUGGGUUUUUAGAUCUAAAGGAAUUUCUGCCCAAGGAAUACAUCAAGCAAAGAGGAGCUGAGAAGAGAAUAUUUCAGGAACACAAAAACUGUGGUGAGAUGUCGGAAAUAGAAGCCAAGGUGAAGUACGUGAAACUGGCACGUUCUCUCCGGACAUACGGGGUCUCCUUUUUCCUCGUGAAGGAAAAGAUGAAGGGUAAGAACAAACUGGUCCCCCGAUUGCUGGGUAUCACUAAGGAUUCCGUGAUGAGAGUGGAUGAAAAGACCAAGGAAGUGUUGCAGGAGUGGCCCCUUACUACUGUCAAGCGCUGGGCAGCAUCACCCAAGAGCUUUACUCUGGAUUUUGGAGAAUAUCAGGAAAGUUAUUACUCUGUACAAACAACUGAAGGAGAGCAGAUAUCUCAACUUAUUGCAGGCUAUAUUGACAUCAUCCUCAAGAAGAAACAAAGUAAAGAUAGAUUUGGAUUAGAAGGUGAUGAGGAGUCAACAAUGUUAGAAGAAUCUGUUUCCCCUAAAAAGUCCACCAUCCUUCAGCAGCAAUUCAACCGAACAGGGAAGGUAGAGCAUGGCUCUGUGGCAUUACCAGCUGUCAUGCGUUCUGGUUCCAGUGGACCAGAAACCUUCAACAUUGGCAGCAUGCCCUCCCCGCAGCAGCAGGUCAUGGUUGGCCAGAUGCAUCGAGGACACAUGCCUCCACUGACGUCAGCCCAGCAGGCCCUGAUGGGAACAAUUAAUACAAGCAUGCAUGCGGUUCAGCAAGCUCAGGCGGACCUCAGUGAAGUUGAUAACCUACCACCUCUUGGGCAAGAUAUGGCCUCUAGGGUAUGGGUUCAGAACAAAGUCGAUGAAUCAAAACAUGAAAUCCACUCUCAGGUUGAUGCUAUCACGGCUGGAACAGCUUCAGUUGUUAACCUCACAGCUGGUGACCCUGCAGACACAGAUUAUACUGCUGUGGGCUGCGCCAUCACCACCAUCUCUUCCAACUUGACGGAAAUGUCCAAGGGGGUGAAGCUCCUCGCAGCCCUCAUGGAUGACGACGUGGGCAGUGGAGAAGACCUCCUGAGAGCUGCUCGGACAUUAGCAGGGGCAGUGUCGGAUUUGUUGAAGGCUGUGCAGCCAACUUCUGGAGAGCCUCGACAGACUGUGUUGACUGCUGCUGGAAGUAUUGGUCAAGCCAGCGGGGAUCUUUUGAGACAGAUUGGAGAGAAUGAAACAGAUGAGCGAUUCCAAGAUGUAUUAAUGAGUUUGGCCAAAGCAGUUGCUAAUGCUGCUGCUAUGUUGGUGCUGAAAGCAAAGAAUGUUGCCCAGGUGGCAGAGGACACCGUUCUGCAGAACAGAGUCAUCGCUGCUGCAACCCAGUGUGCCCUCUCCACCUCACAGCUGGUGGCAUGUGCUAAGGUAGUGAGUCCCACGCUCAGCUCCCCUGUUUGCCAAGAACAACUGAUUGAGGCUGGAAAACUUGUCGACCGUUCAGUGGAAAACUGUGUCCGAGCCUGCCAGGAUGCCACAGAUGAUAGUGAGCUCCUGAAGCAGGUCAGUGCAGCCGCCAGUGUGGUCAGUCAGGCCCUACACGACCUCCUGCAGCACGUCCGGCAGUUUGCCAGCCGAGGGGAACCUAUUGGCCGCUAUGACCAGGCAACUGACACCAUCAUGUGUGUUACUGAGAGCAUCUUCAGCUCGAUGGGAGAUGCUGGUGAAAUGGUCCGGCAGGCCAGAGUCCUCGCACAGGCUACCUCAGACCUCGUCAAUGCCAUGAGGUCAGACGCAGAGGCAGAAAUCGACAUGGAGAAUUCCAAAAAGCUUCUGGCGGCUGCAAAACUCCUGGCUGACUCUACCGCCCGCAUGGUCGAAGCUGCAAAGGGCGCUGCUGCUAAUCCAGAAAAUGAAGAUCAACAGCAGAGGCUGAGGGAAGCUGCAGAAGGACUCCGAGUUGCAACCAACGCGGCAGCUCAGAAUGCUAUUAAGAAAAAAAUUGUCAACCGGUUAGAGGUUGCAGCGAAACAGGCUGCAGCUGCUGCUACUCAGACAAUUGCAGCAUCCCAGAACGCGGCUGUUUCCAACAAGAACCCGGCGGCACACCAGCAACUUGUCCAGAGCUGCAAGGUAAGUAUCCAGACUGACAGAGUGGAGGCUAACGACAAAACCCACCGAGUUACAGCUUUCAAGAACCUGGUUAAAGAGCAAAAUGUCAUGAGAUUGCCGGGAAGCAAAAUGGUGGCCUCUGCCAAAGCCGCGGUGCCUACUGUCAGUGACCAGGCUGCGGCUAUGCAGCUUAGCCAAUGUGCCAAGAACCUUGCUACCAGCCUAGCGGAGCUGAGAACUGCCUCCCAAAAAGCCCACGAAGCCUGUGGCCCAAUGGAAAUCGACUCCGCUUUGAACACUGUACAGACUCUCAAAAAUGAACUACAGGACGCCAAAAUGGCAGCUGUGGAGAGUCAACUAAAACCACUCCCGGGAGAAACUCUCGAAAAGUGUGCUCAGGACCUGGGAAGUACCUCCAAAGCCGUCGGGUCUUCCAUGGCCCAGCUGCUGACUUGCGCUGCUCAAGGCAACGAACACUACACAGGGGUGGCUGCAAGAGAGACAGCACAGGCUCUGAAAACGCUGGCCCAGGCAGCUCGAGGAGUAGCAGCGUCCACCAAUGAUCCUGUGGCAGCCCAUGCUAUGUUGGAUUCAGCCCGAGAUGUGAUGGAGGGCUCAGCCAUGCUCAUUCAAGAGGCUAAGCAGGCUCUGAUCGCCCCUGGAGAUGCAGAAAGUCAACAGAGACUAGCUCAGGUGGCCAAAGCUGUCUCCCACUCACUGAACAACUGUGUGAAUUGCCUCCCAGGGCAAAAGGAUGUGGAUGUAGCCUUGAAGAGCAUUGGAGAGUCCAGCAAGAAACUGCUUGUUGAUUCGCUACCACCAAGUACCAAGCCUUUCCAGGAAGCCCAGAGUGAACUGAACCAAGCUGCAGCCGACCUGAACCAGUCCGCAGGGGAAGUGGUCCAUGCCACCCGGGGACAGAGCGGAGAAUUAGCAGCUGCCUCUGGGAAAUUCAGUGAUGACUUUGAUGAAUUCCUCGAUGCUGGCAUUGAAAUGGCUGGCCAAGCUCAGACUAAAGAGGACCAGAUCCAAGUGAUAGGGAACCUCAAGAAUAUCUCCAUGGCAUCCAGUAAGCUGUUGUUAGCUGCUAAAUCUCUCUCCGUCGAUCCAGGGGCCCCUAAUGCAAAAAAUCUCUUAGCAGCAGCUGCAAGAGCUGUGACAGAAAGCAUUAACCAACUCAUCACGCUGUGUACCCAGCAAGCACCAGGCCAGAAGGAAUGUGACAAUGCCCUCAGGGAACUUGAGACUGUUAAGGGGAUGUUGGAUAAUCCCAAUGAACCUGUUAGUGAUCUCUCCUAUUUUGACUGCAUUGAGAGUGUAAUGGAAAAUUCCAAGGUGCUGGGUGAGUCAAUGGCAGGAAUAUCUCAAAAUGCCAAGACAGGUGACCUUCCUCUUUUUGGAGAAUGUGUGGGAAUUGCAUCCAAGGCUCUCUGUGGCCUCACAGAAGCUGCAGCCCAGGCUGCUUACCUGGUUGGCAUCUCCGACCCCAACAGCCAGGCUGGCCACCAGGGUCUUGUCGAUCACAUCCAGUUUGCCAGAGCUAAUCAGGCGAUCCAGAUGGCUUGUCAAAAUCUGGUGGAUCCAGGCAGCAGCCCAUCCCAGGUUUUGUCAGCAGCUACCAUUGUUGCCAAGCACACCUCUGCCUUGUGUAAUGCCUGUCGCAUCGCUUCAUCGAAGACAGCCAACCCUGUAGCCAAAAGGCAUUUUGUUCAGUCAGCAAAGGAGGUUGCCAACAGCACUGCCAACCUGGUGAAAACCAUCAAGGCUCUGGAUGGAGAUUUCUCUGAAGACAAUCGCACAAAGUGUCGAAUUGCAACUGUGCCCUUGAUUGAAGCAGUUGAAAAUCUGACAGCCUUUGCUUCCAAUCCUGAAUUCGUCAGCAUUCCAGCCCAGAUCAGCUCUGAGGGAUCUCGGGCACAGGAACCUAUCCUGGUCUCAGCUAAGACCAUGUUGGAGAGUUCAUCUUUCCUGAUCAGGACUGCUCGUUCUUUGGCCAUCAAUCCUAAAGACCCCCCAACCUGGUCUGUCCUUGCUGGACAUUCUCAUACUGUAUCAGACUCAAUUAAGAGCCUCAUCACUUCCAUUAGGGAUAAAGCUCCAGGCCAGAGAGAAUGUGACUAUUCCAUCGAUGGCAUCAAUAGGUGCAUCCGAGAUAUUGAGCAAGCCUCCCUGGCUGCGGUCAGUCAGAAUCUGGCCACGAGGGAUGACAUUUCUGUUGAGGCUUUGCAGGAACAGUUGACAUCAGUGGUCCAGGAAAUCGGGCACCUUAUCGAUCCCAUUGCUACAGCAGCUCGAGGAGAAGCAGCCCAGCUGGGACACAAGGUCACACAGCUGGCAAGCUACUUCGAACCCUUGAUCUUAGCUGCAGUUGGUGUCGCAUCUAAGAUUCUGGACCAUCAACAGCAAAUGACGGUACUGGACCAGACCAAGACACUGGCAGAAUCUGCUCUGCAAAUGUUAUAUGCUGCCAAAGAAGGUGGAGGCAACCCCAAGGCACAGCACACCCACGAUGCCAUCACAGAGGCUGCCCAGCUGAUGAAAGAAGCGGUGGAUGAUAUUAUGGUCACCCUAAAUGAAGCUGCCAGUGAAGUAGGAAUGGUGGGAGGAAUGGUGGAUGCCAUUGCAGAAGCCAUGAGUAAGCUGGAUGAAGGCACUCCUCCAGAACCAAAGGGAACUUUUGUUGAUUACCAGACAACAGUAGUGAAAUAUUCCAAAGCCAUUGCUAUAACUGCACAAGAAAUGAUGACUAAGUCGGUUACUAACCCGGAGGAAUUGGGAGGACUUGCUUCACAAAUGACCAGUGACUAUGGGCAUUUGGCUCUCCAGGGCCAAAUGGCAGCAGCUACAGCUGAACCAGAAGAGAUUGGAUUCCAAAUCCGGACCCGUGUUCAGGAUCUCGGCCAUGGCUGUAUCUUCCUGGUCCAGAAGGCAGGAGCUCUUCAGGUCUGCCCCACUGACAGUUACACCAAGAGGGAGCUGAUAGAGUGUGCCCGCUCAGUCACUGAAAAGGUCUCUUUGGUCUUGUCUGCCCUCCAAGCAGGGAAUAAAGGGACUCAGGCAUGCAUCACCGCAGCCAGUGCUGUGUCGGGCAUCAUUGCUGAUCUGGAUACGACCAUCAUGUUUGCAACAGCUGGGACCCUCAAUGCUGAGAAUAAUGAAACUUUUGCAGACCACAGGGAGAAUAUUUUGAAGACAGCAAAGGCCUUGGUGGAAGAUACGAAAUUACUAGUAUCAGGGGCUGCUUCAACUCAAGAUAAACUGGCCCAGGCAGCCCAGUCAUCGGCAGCCACCAUCACCCAACUUGCCGAGGUGGUCAAGCUAGGAGCGGCCAGCCUAGGUUCUGAUGACCCUGAGACCCAGGUGGUGCUGAUCAAUGCCAUCAAAGAUGUGGCCAAGGCCCUUUCUGAUCUUAUUGGUGCUACUAAAGGAGCUGCCAGCAAGCCCGCUGAUGAUCCAUCCAUGUAUCAACUCAAAGGUGCAGCCAAGGUGAUGGUAACAAAUGUCACAUCCCUCCUCAAGACAGUGAAAGCUGUGGAGGAUGAAGCCACCAGAGGCACGAGGGCUCUUGAAGCCACCAUUGAGUACAUAAAACAAGAGCUCACGGUAUUUCAGUUAAAGGAAGUACCAGAAAAGACAUCAUCACCUGAAGAAUCGAUAAGGAUGACGAAAGGCAUCACUAUGGCAACUGCCAAAGCUGUGGCAGCUGGAAACUCGUGUAGACAGGAAGAUGUGAUUGCUACUGCAAAUCUGAGCCGAAAAGCAGUGUCUGACAUGUUAACAGCUUGUAAGCAAGCUUCAUAUCAUGCUGAUGUUGGUGAAGAUGUGAGAGCCCGAGCCUUGAGAUAUGGAACUGAAUGCACCUUGGGAUACCUGGACCUCCUGGAACAUGUCCUUGUGAUUCUUCAGAAACCAACACCAGACUUAAAGCAUCAGUUGGCUGCAUUCUCCAAGCGAGUGGCAGGUGCUGUGACGGAGCUUAUCCAGGCUGCAGAAGCCAUGAAAGGUACAGAGUGGGUAGAUCCGGAAGACCCAACAGUCAUUGCUGAAACCGAAUUGCUGGGAGCUGCAGCAUCCAUUGAGGCUGCGGCUAAGAAGUUAGAGCAACUGAAGCCAAGAGCUAAACCAAAAGCUGCAGGAAAUGCUGUGAAAAGAGCAUCUGACAAUCUUGUUCGUGCAGCCCAGAAGGCCGCCUUUGGCAAAGCCGACGAUGAUGAUGUGGUGGUGAAGACAAAGUUUGUGGGUGGCAUUGCUCAGAUCAUUGCCGCCCAGGAGGAAAUGCUGAAGAAAGAGCGAGAACUAGAAGAAGCAAGGAAAAAACUAGCUCAAAUCCGCCAGCAGCAGUACAAAUUCCUCCCCACAGAGUUGAGAGAGGAUGAAGGCUAAGCCCCAGAGCUGAGGUUGUGAGCCCAAGAGGACACUCUAGAAAGAACCAAACUGACACUGUUCUGAUGGGCCACGUGCUUACCUGGAAACUGCCUGAAGUGCUUAGAAUGAGCACCAGACAGAUAUUUGUGUAUGUUCUUGUUCAUCUGUACAGCAAAAGCUGCAUGAUCGUGUCAUCCCCGCGGUACAGUGUCCCCAUCCAUCAUUCUUCUUCUCUUCCCCUUCCUCAUUCACUGUAUCUCAGGAGAGGAUGCACAUUUUAUGAACUGUUACCCCCCACCAAAAAAAAAAAUCAGUAUUAUGUCACUCUGACGCUUGAAUUUUGUCCAUCUUUCCUCCUGGCCUGUUUUUGGGGUCUUUGGGGGAAAUCUUAAUAGGAAGAAAGAAAAACUGUUUGAGAAAAGUCAUUCACGUCACAGGUAUCUACCACUAUGGAGCCAAUGAUUCUUCUGCUUCUCAAGAAAAGAUGGCAGAUAUGGUUCAGAUGCAGUUAAGCCACAAAUGCAAACCAAUGUGGAGUCUCGGAGGGUGAUGUGUGCCCCCCCCCGUUUUUGUGUUCUGGGAAUUGACUCACCCCAGAUUUUAGAAGAAUCAUUGCUCCCAA